AUGAUUAGAACUGCUGUUGGAUCCCUCCGUGUCAGCACUUUGCGUCUCGGUGCUAGCCUUGUGGCUAAGUCCCGCCCAGCUAUCAGAAGCUAUGCAGCUUUCGAUCGUUCCAAGCCCCACGUCAACAUUGGUACCAUUGGCCAUGUUGACCACGGUAAGACUACUUUGACUGCUGCCAUCACCAAGGUUUUGUCGGAGAAAGGAGGCGCCAGUUUCUUGGACUACGGCUCGAUUGACAGAGCCCCUGAGGAGAGAGCCAGAGGUAUCACUAUUUCCACUGCCCACGUUGAGUACCAGACUGAUAAGAGACACUAUGCCCACGUCGACUGUCCAGGUCACGCUGAUUACAUCAAGAACAUGAUUACUGGUGCUGCCCAGAUGGAUGGUGCUAUCAUUGUUGUUGCUGCUUCCGACGGUCAGAUGCCUCAGACCAGAGAGCACCUUUUGUUGGCAAGACAGGUUGGUGUUCAGAACUUGGUUGUAUUCGUUAACAAGGUCGACACCAUUGACGACCCUGAGAUGUUGGAAUUGGUUGAGAUGGAAAUGAGAGAAUUGUUGACCACUUACGGUUUCGACGGUGAUGAGACUCCUGUAAUCAUGGGUUCUGCUUUGUGUGCUUUGGAAGGUAGAGAGCCAGAGAUUGGUGAAAAGGCAAUCAUGAAAUUAUUGGACGCUGUCGACGAGUACAUUCCAACCCCACAGCGUGACUUGGAGCAGCCAUUCUUGAUGCCAGUUGAAGACGUUUUCUCCAUUUCUGGUAGAGGUACUGUUGUCACUGGUAGAGUUGAAAGAGGUUCCUUGAAGAAGGGUGAGGAAAUCGAGAUUGUUGGUGACUUUGACAAGACUUUUAAGGCCACUGUCACUGGUAUUGAGAUGUUUAAGAAGGAAUUAGAUGCUGCCAUGGCUGGUGACAACGCUGGUAUCUUGUUGAGAGGUGUCAAGAGAGACGAAGUGUCUCGUGGUGACGUUUUGGCUAAGCCCGGAACUGUUUCCCCACACACCAAGAUUUUGGCUUCCUUGUAUGUUUUGACCAAGGAAGAAGGUGGUCGUCACAACCCCUUCGGUGAAAACUACAAGCCUCAAUUGUUCCUUAGAACCACCAACGUCACUGGUACCAUGAAGUUCCCAGAGGGCGAGGGCGUGGACCACUCCGCUAUGGUCAACCCAGGUGACAACGUUGAAAUGGUCAUUGAAUUGGGUAAGAAGUGCCCCAUUGAGUUGAACCAGCGUUUCAACCUUAGAGAGGGUGGUAAGACCGUUGCCACUGGGUUGGUGACCAGAAUUAUUGAGUAA